AUGAUCGCCUCUCUUCUCUUCUUGCUCCUUGCGAGCAGCCUUCAAGCUUUUGCCCAAAUUAGUAUUGUGGGAAUUGGGGACUCUUACGCAUCCGGAAAUGGUGCCCUUGGAUUUUACACAGGACCGUACGAGUGUUACCGAAGCCCAAACAGUUGGCUCGCACAAGCUGCCGACAAGAUCGGGGGCGUAUACCUGAAUCGAGGCUGCAGUGAUGGUGUCAUCUCGCAUCUAGAAAACGCACGAGUCAACACGGGUCUUAGACGAGCUGAUGGUGGAACUUGUCCCGCUACGAACUUUGCGCCAGAGGAGUCCUACGAACUCGACUCGAGUGGUACUACGUGCACUCGUUUCUUGCAACCACAGCUGAACUGGGUGGAUUCCACAACCGACUUGGUCCUCAUUGGGCUGGGUGGUAAUGACCUGAAUUUUGAGACCCUCGUGAGGAGUUGCUUUGUCGGCGGCUCGCAAAGUAAAACUGCCUGUGAAAAUGUCAUGACCACAAACAUCGAUCUCCUCCCAACAUUUGAAGCCGACAUGACAGCCGCCCUGCUGGCCAUCAACGCUAAAUUCAGCGCCAAUGCUGACUCCAAGAUUGUGUUGAUGACCUUUCCUCAUAUCAUUACGGAGGGCAGACCUUGGGUUGAAGACUGCUGCGGCUUCAGUGAUGGAAACAUGGACAUUGUUGAUAGUCUGAUCGAUCUUGGAAACGCAGUACAAGCACGCCAGCUUGCUGCAGUGCUAGCCGCCAAUACUGCAGCAGGUACGUAG